AUAAAGCUCCAUUUCAGCAAGCUGGAAGACUUCCAUUGGUACUGGGAGUCGUUCCCACCAACCAUCGCGCAAAAGACGCAGGCAAACCACUUCUUCACAAACAACAGCAAGAACGCAAAGUUACUUCGAAGCGUAGCACAAUUCCGCCUGUUCCCAGAAUCAGACGUACCUGAGGUAGCCUUUGUUGGUCGCUCCAAUGUCGGCAAAAGCUCAUUGCUCAAUGCCGUUGUGAACGCAGAUAUUAAAGCACUGUUAGCACGCACAUCGUCAACACCAGGCUUCACCAAAACAAUGAAUCUCUACGGUCUGGGCGCCGGAAACGGCGUGACCAUCAAAAAACAACCCAACGGACGCGACAAGAUCAUAGGCAUUGGUGGACUGACUAUCGUCGACAUGCCUGGAUACGGCGAGGGUUCGCUUUCCUCCUGGGGCGUGGAAAUCAUGAAGUAUAUAAGCAACCGCAAACAACUUCGUCGUGUAUUCGUCUUACUAGACGCUGAACACGGUAUCAAAGACAAAGACCGUUCGUUGUUAGCUUCUUUACGUCUGGCUGGCGUGAGCCAUCAAGUCAUUCUUUCCAAACUAGACAAGCUUUACAUCCCCAACGCCAAAGAUAUCAAGCGCUUUGAUGGCAAAUCUGCCCGUCGCUUGGCACCAAAGGGCACGCCUGAAGAUCUUAGGAAGGCUAUGGAAAAGCUGAAGAACGAGAUUCAGCCCCCGGUUGGAGGAGGUGCAUUGGGCGAGAUUCUGGGUGUGAGUGCGGAGACAUUGGUUGAUGGUAAGAGACUGGGUAUUGAUCAUGUGAGAUUUGCAAUUUUGAAAGCGGCGGGUUUGGAUGAGAAGUUUAAGAAGGAUGUUAGUACGCCUUGG